CUUCCUCCCUCCCCGCAACCUAGGCGCCUGCUCCGCUAUGGGAGCCGCCGUCGUCCCAGUUGCCGCGGUGUUUUCCUGCUCCUCCUUUUCCUCCUCCUCUUUCUCCUCCUCCUCAGUGCCCCAGUAAGGCCACUCCCGCACCACACACGGAAGAAUACCCUGUUGGGAAACGUGGAGCUAGGCACACAGUCUUCUGGCAGUGUGAGCUGCGAGAAGGACGCUACCUCCUCCUUCUGAGAGCAUCCUCCUAGCCCCUAGAGAUGGAAAGAGUGUCUCCCAAAUUAUGUCGAUUAAUGCUUUUAAGAAAAGAUCUCCAAUCAGUAGAAGUUGUCCUCAAAAAACUAUUUCUCAAGAUUUUUGGAGUAUUCUGCUAGAAAUAUUCUCUCCUUGUGUUUAUCUCUAUACUUCACCUCCAACAAUUCUUUUGAAGACAGGAAAACCAAGAUUUAUUGACUUGUCUGACAUCGUACAGUGAGUUUCAUGGAGGUGAGAGUUAGACCUGAGGACUUCUGAAUUCCCAGUUCCGUGUUUUAAUUGGCAUGAAUCAAAUGACAUACAAUACAUACUGAUGUUUGUCAUUUGGGGGACAUUUUACAGAAAGUUAGCUCUGGAACUUGAUGGGUGACAACCCUCUCCACCCUAAAGAUAAUUUUAAAAUGGCUGAACUAUUUAUGGAGUGUGAAGAAGAAGAGCUAGAACCAUGGCAGAAGAAAGUAAAAGAAGUUGAGGAUGAUGAUGAUGAUGAUGAUGAUGAUGAUGAGCCAAUCUUUGUUGGGGAGAUUGCAAGUUCAAAACCAGCCAUUUCAAAUAUUUUGAACAGAGUCAACCCCAGCUCAUCAUCAAGAGGAAUACAGAAUGGCGCCACCAAUAGAGGUGCUGUUGCUUCAUUCAAGCCAACCAGUCAACACUACAUGACUCCAACAUCAAAUACUGUGGCAGCUUCACCAGUUUUUCAGUCUAUAUCAAGAUCCACAGCUAGUUCUGUUGCUCAGCCAUUAUCUAAACCUGGUUACAUAAUGAGCUCAUCACAAGUUGUACCUAAUAAUUCUUCAGGGUUACUGUUUGACUUGAGACAAAACACAGGAAUACCUCAGUACCAGGGAGGAGCAGCGCGCUCUUUAACAGGUCUGAAUGAAAGUUCCUUUGUAACGAAACGUCUCUCUACUUCUGAAGUAAACAGUAUUACUUCAAAGAAGCCUAAGUCCAAUGAAGGUAUCGCUGGAACCCAUCCCUCAUCCCCGUUCUCUUUGGUAAAGUCACCAUCACAGACUUCACCUUCAAAAGGUACAAUUACUUCUACUAAAAAUGGACCACCUUUCCCAAGAGCUUGUCCAAAGUGUAACAUUCAUUUUAAUCUGUUGGAUCCUUUAAAAAAUCACAUGAAGUAUUGUUGUCCAGAGAGGGUAAAUAACUUCUUUUGGGGAUCUAAUAAAACUGAAUUUUCAAGUGCAGCAAGUAAAAAUAAGAUCGCUGAUGCUGAUAAAGGAAAACUGAUUAUGUUAGUUAAUGACUUUUAUUAUGGGAAACAUGAAGGUGAUAACCUACAAGAACAGAAGACUCAUACAACCUUUAAAUGCUUCAGUUGCCUGAAAAUACUUAAAAAUAACAUCAGGUUUAUGAACCACAUGAAACACCAUUUGGAACUUGAGAAACAGAGCAGCGAAAGCUGGGAAAACCACACGACUUGCCAACAUUGCUAUCGUCAAUUUCCCACACCUUUCCAGCUGCAAUGUCACAUUGAAAGUACACAUACCCCCCAUGAGUUUUCUACUAUUUGUAAAAUCUGUGAGUUAUCAUUUGAAACAGAGCAAGUUCUUUUACAACAUAUGAAGGACAAUCAUAAGCCUGGUGAAAUGCCAUAUUUUUGUCAGGUGUGUAAUUAUAGAUCAUCAUCAUUUUCUGAUGUAGAAACACAUUUUAGAACUUCUCAUGAAAAUACUAAGAACUUGCUUUGUCCAUUUUGCCUCAAAGUUAUUAAACUUGCAACACCAUACAUGCAUCAUUAUAUGAAACAUCAGAAAAAAGGAAUAUAUCGUUGUACAAAGUGCCGACUACAAUUUUUGACUUGCAAAGAGAAAAUGGAUCAUAAGACUCAACAUCGAACAUUUAAAAAACCUAAACAAUUGGAAGGAUUGCCUCCUGGAACAAAAGUCACUAUCCGAGCUUCAGUUGGACCUCUUCAGGCAGGAGCAUCGACUGCACCUUCUAUUAGUGCAAGCACUUCUACCCUUCAACUGUCUCCUCCAAGGACUAAAAAUACAACAGCAAAAAGUACGGCUGCAAAAAACACCACUGCAAAAAGUACCACUGCAAAAAACACUACAAGAACUACUGCAACAAAAUCCAAAUCCAAAUCAAAAACAUACCAUGUGCAAAAGAAGCCAGGCCCUGGGGGCACAAAAAGAAAUAAAGUCAAUACAGCAUUGCGGAAUUUAAGGUAUCGUCGGGGAGUUCACAAGUGCAUUGAGUGUUAUUCGGAAAUAAAAGAUUUUGCAAACCAUUUUCCUACAUAUGUCCACUGUAGUUUAUGCAGAUACAACACUAGCUGUAGUAAAGCCUAUGUAAAUCACAUGAUGAGCUUUCACAGCGCCCGUGCAAGUAAAAGGUUUUGCAUUUUUAAGAAGCAUUCAGAAGACUUGAGGGGCAUUACUGUAGUGUGCCUUAAUUGUGAUUUCCUAACUGAUGUUUCUGGUGUAGAUAAUAUGGCCACACAUUUAAGUGAAAGUGACACUCACACAUGCCAAGUUAUUAAAGAAAAUAUGCCUGUUUCCAUCUCAAGUUGUGAACAACUUCCAGAGUUAAAGAAUGAAAUAAUCACUAUGGAAAAAGAAGCUAAACCUGAGAAAAAUUCAAGACCUAAUAUGUCUGAAGGAAAAACAGAAACAUCAACUUCUGAAAGCAAACAAGAAAAUGCUUCUUCAGAGGAAGCCAAAAAAGAAUGUGAUGUAAAUCCAUGUAAAGGCUCAUCAGCAAUAAAGAAUGAAGAAAGUAUAACAAUUUUAAAUAUGAAAAAUGACCCCAACCUAGUAGCCCAGGAUAGGGGCUCAAGGAAUUUCUUCAGUUCUGUUUCAGAUCAUAGUGAUGUCGAAGAGGUGAUGGAAGAACAACAAAAAAACACUGAUAGCAAAACUGAAUUGAAGAUGUGCCAAAGUUCAGAGAAUGUGAUUUUAAAUGAUCAGACUAACAGCUCCAAUGAAGCUAAGCCUUCUUCACGGAAUACUAAAAAUUUGAAAUUAACAUCAAAUGAUGUUAGCUUUGAGCAGUUUUUGAGAAAAAGAGAUGAACCUGAGUCUGUUAGUUCUGAUGUUAGUGAGCAAGGCAGUAUUCAUUUGGAACCUUUGACACCAUCUGAGGUGCUUGAGCACGAAGCCACCGAGAUUCUUCAGAAAGGUAGCGUUGAACCUCCAGCCAAGGAAGCUGGAGUAGUUUCUGAGCAAACAGAUGACAUUUCUAGAGGAAACAGUCCUAGUACAACAGAAACAACUGUUAACCUGACAGAUGAAAAGGAAGCAAGUUGAAAUGAAAUCAGCCAUUCAUUCUAAGUUUUAGUUAAAAAAUUAAUAACAGUAAUAUGGUAAAGAACAUCUUGGAUGUGCUCAGUGACACUUUUGGAAAUAGAAAAAUAUAAGGAUAGGUUACACAUGCAUUGUAUGUGUGUGUUAAGCCUAUUAUUAAAGUAGUCAAUUUGCCAAUCAUAGCACAAUUAAACAAGGGUAUGUGUAUUCUGAUGAAGGUUCAAUUUGAAAUGGAAAAGUCUCAUUUCAUUAGUUUGUUUUGUUUUGUUUUGUUUUUUUCCAGAAAAGGGGUGACUUGUAAGUAAUCAUAAAGAUUACUUACGGAAAGUUAAGCAGUCAUAAGAAAGGAAACACAAGGAUAUUGAUUAUUAUUAAAAUCUUUGAACUCCCUAAAAUGAAAGCCUGUCACAUUCUUUUCCACCAUUUUUUAAAAAGUUUAGAAAAGUCCUUUGUUAAGGUAAUUGGUUAAAAACAAUGGUUGAUUGGUGAGUCAGAGAAGGGUUUAACUUGGAGUGUAAUGCUAAUGUGGAGCAUGCUUACAGUGAUGUAUUAAUCUAAUGACAGUUUGGAUAAAUGUAAAACUCCUUUGGAUUUAAUGUCACAUUCCUGUCUGUCAGAAGCAUGUAAACAGAAUUAUAUGAAUCUAUGCACCUCCAUACAGGUGUUAGCAUCCCAGGCUGUAAGCUUACCUUAAUUAAACUUUCAGUGAAAGUGAAAUUCUUAAAAUAUAUAUAUUUGUGUUAUUUGUCAGUGUGCAAGCUGUGCAUAAAUCCCUGACGUAUUAGUUGUAUAAAGUAGGACUCAUUACUGGAAAUACUGUAGCUAUUACUGCCUUUACUGUUGUUUUAAUGAUUUUUGUUAGGAGUAAGUAGACCCAAAAAUGGUCUGUAAGUCAAGCCAAAGUACGGUUUAAUGUAGAAACUGUAAAGCAGUGAACUGGAAACAUGUUCUGCCAUGUAUUCAGCCAUUUUAAAACUACUUCUUUAUGUUAAAUAAAGACUUAAAGGGGACCUAAAGCAGAAAUGUAUAAAUCAAUUUCAGGAAUUUAGCCUAAUGUCCAUAAGAUGGCUGCUAAAAAUGAUUUUUUGUUUGUUUUUACUGUCUUAGGAACUCAUAGAUGUAGGAAUGCAUAAUAUGAUUAACAGUAGUUUGCUUUGAAAUACUGACAAACUUCAUUAAAAAAUGCUGCAAUUUUACUCCUUUAGAAUGUGUUUUGAACUCUUAAAUUUUGUUUGAAUGAAUGUUGAAUGUUUUAAACAACUAUU